AUGUCGACGACGACAAGCCCCGCGGAGUUCAAACUCCCCUCGCGGUCGGGCACCGUAAGCAGCAGCAUCACUCGUCGCACCUCCAUGAGUGAGGAUGAGGCGAUCCCCAAUACCGAUAGCAGCGAGGCUACCAAUCUCCUGCUGGAACGUCUGCGGGCAUGGAAGCACAUGUGUGGAAAUCUCGAGGAUUAUAUCUCCGUUACUGCCAAGAUCCAAAAGUCGCAGUCGAAGGAUCAUGAGAAGAUCUUGAAGAGCGUGAGCGAUCCGUUGAGGGAGGGCCAUCAUUUCAGUUCCAGUGCAGGAGGCGUGACUGGCCUGUUUGAGAACAUCCGCAACAACUCCCAGGGAAUGAUCAACAUGUACCUCGAGACCGAGAAGAACCUCAGAAGCGGUGUGCUCCCGACUCUAGAUCGUCUCCACAAGGAAAUCAAGAACAAGUCGAAGGAGCUUCAGACGGGUGCAUCCAAGGGAGCCAAGGCCGUUGAGAAGGCACGGCAGUUGACUCAGAAGCACAUCGAGCUCCUCGGCCAAAACUCGGCAUCCUUUGACGCCGCCGCUGCCAACAAAAUCGAGCAGCAGCACGACCCCUACCUCCUACGCCGAGGCAUCAACCACCGGCUCAACAAGCAAGUCAACGAGGAGAACAGCCACCGACAGGAUAUCCUCGCCGUGCAGAACUCAUUCCAGCAGUUCGAGGCGCACGUGCUGCAGACGAUCCAGGGUGCCCUGGAGCAGUUCUUCCAGCAGGUGGGUGGCCAGCUGGACCGCCAACGCGCUAUGUACGCCGAUAUCCUGAGCACGGCUCAACGCAUUCCGCCGGACUUUGAAUGGGUCAAUUUUGUCGUGAGCAACGAUGCCACCCUGGUGAAUCCCGAUUCGCCGCCGCGCACGUUCUCGAGCAUCACCUUCCCGAACCAGGAGCACCGUUCCACCCAGGCCCUGAUCGAGGGCUCGCUGGAGCGCCGCUCGCGUGCCGUGAUCAAGGGCUACAGCACCGGCUACUAUGUCGUCACCCCGGCCCGCUACCUGCACGAGUUCAAGGACAACGACGACUUCCGGCGCGAUCCGGCCCCCGAACUGUCGCUGUACCUGCCCGACUGUGUGGUCGGCGCCAUCGACGGGGUCAAGUUCAACGUCAAGGGUAAGGAUGUCUCCAGCGGCAAGGUCGGCAACGCCUUCCACACCAGCACCGAGCUCAGCUUCAAGGCCCACACCCCGGCCGACGCCGAGCAGUGGUGGUCCGUCAUCAAGGAUGCCACCCGCGGCCUGACCGUGUCCUCGCCCACCGUCACCUCGCCCAUCGCCUCCGUUGCCCCCUCCCGCAGUGUCUCUCAGCACAGCCAGCCCCCGAUAUAUUCCGAGAAGGAGAAGGAGGCAGAGAAAGAGAAGGAGGCGGGUUUGCCGGCAGCUGCUUCGCCUAUCACCGACUCCAAGGACUUUGCACCCAGCCCGACUUCUCAGCCCGGUCUGAGCCGCACUGCCAGCACGGCUAGCCACUUCCAUACCUCCCCCGGUGGCUCGGCUGUGCAGGAGAACCAGCAGAAGUCAGAGAAAUCAGAGAAGUCGUAA